AUGCGAGGGUAUGAGAUCAGCUACCUAACUACGGAUUUGUUGCGUGACAGCACAUACGACGUUGCGAUCGGCAGGACGAUUGCUCAACGGCAUAAUGCAUCUUUUAGACUGGUGAUGGAGAUGAUGCCAAAAAAGUGUGUCGACUAUUUCUACAGCUCGAUGCACGCGCUUCCAGCUCAUUACAUACCACUACCGGAUAUGACUGAAUUGUGCUUUCUUGUACCAAAAAGUGCCCCAAAAUCUUUGUUUUUAGUCUUGCUCGACCCGUACGAUCAGUUUAGCUGGAUCGUCUUCGGACUCACAGUGAUAGCGAUCUCAUUGGUUUUGUUUUUGUUUGGCGAGUCAUCACGGUACACCAACGUUAUGAUGAUUGCAUUGGAAAUGCUAAUGGCGGUACUGAAUGGGCCAACACAUCGGCUAAAUGGACGAUUCGAACGAUUAGUCGUAGGACUGUUCUUGUUGAUGAGCAUAGUGAUGAUCUCUGGCUACCAGUCUUUGGUGAUCUCGUUUAUGUCGUCGGCCCGCUAUGAGCCACAGCUGGAUACGUUCGAUGCUAUCAAUGACACCUGUUUGUUCAUGUAUGAUGUACAUUUGAGCAGUAUGGGAUACAAAUUCAAAAAUGUGCACAAAACUUACGAAGUGGUCGAAUCAACCGAAAUAAUGUGGGACGUUAAGUGGUGCACGAUGUGUAGCUGCACAGAGGCACAGUACAUCAUGGCGCAUGUUGGUAACGCAGAUCGUUACGAAGAUAUGGAUCCAUUUGCAAUGAGAUUGUUUGAUGAGGCAGGAUGGCAACAAUUAAAACAUCAAUUUAAAUAUUUUCGCUACUCAAAUGCACGCAUUCAAUCCGUGACCUCAAUGUACCGUGCAGCAUACGACUCUCCGAUUCACCACCUUUUAGCAUGGUAUACACAAGCCUUUAUCGAAGGACGAUUGGAGUAUUUUCCUGUGUUGAAGAACACCAAACGCAAAGCAAAGGAGAUUUUUGAGGAUACUGUGGACAUAAUAAGUGUACAGCAGAUGGGUGUUAAGGAUUUGAUGAUCGCUUGGUUGCUUUAUUGCGUUGGAUUGGUACUGAGUGUAGUGAGCUUUGUGGUGGAGGAGAUAGUUCAGGGUAUGAGGAAAAUCAAACAAAUCCUAAAAGAUAGAAAGAUUAGAAAAAGAAACGUGAAGAAAACUUUUUUAGUAUUGUAG